AAACUCUCAAGGCCGUCUAUGGAAACCCAAACGAACCAAACCAUAGCCCUUCCCAUAUUCCAACUCCCAGUCUUUAAUUUUUAGCCUCACUCCUCUCCCUCUUUAUUCUUUUUCGCUCGGUUCACGUUUCUCCUCUCGCUCACCACUCUAUUCCUCUCUUUCCCUUGUUAGUUCUCUCCUCUUUUCUGGUCCCCAGAAAUGGAUGCGGCUCUCCGCGUGUGCUCCUCCCCCGUCGCUCCCCGCUGCUCCGCGAAGCCCUCGCCGUUGGAUCCGUCCAUAUGUCAGCCCACGGCCGUCGGAUUGCCCUGCUGGAAAAGGCCGGCGUGCGGGCCCCUGUUCACAAGGAGGCGGUGCGUGGCGGAGCGCAGCAAAGAGGACCCGCCGGUCCCCGCCCUCGCAGAAACAGAGGACGAGAAAACGCAGUCCGAUGGUGACACAGAAGUCUCAGUUUCUAGCACUGCUGUUAUUGAUAAUAGAGAGGAAGAGGAAGAAGCUGAAGACACCAAAGAAGAGGAGCAACUGGAAACUAGAUUAACAUAUAAUAUUGUUUUUGUCACUGCUGAAGCCGCACCUUACUCAAAGACGGGAGGACUAGGAGAUGUCUGUGGUUCCUUACCUAUUUCUCUUGCAUCUCGUGGUCAUCGUGUGAUGGUAGUGUCUCCAAGAUAUUUAAAUGGGGAUUCGGAUAAAAAUUUUGCUAAGGCAGUUGAUGUUGGAAGACGCAUUAAAAUCCCAUGCUUUGGUGGAGAGCAGGAAGUCGCAUUUUUUCACGAAUAUAGGGCUGGCGUUGAUUGGGUGUUUGUUGAUCAUUUUUGUUAUCAUAGAGCUGGAAACCCGUAUGGUGACAGAUAUGGAGCUUUUGGUGACAAUCAGUUUAGGUAUACAUUGCUUUGCUACGCAGCAUGUGAGGCUCCAUUAGUACUUACAUUGGGAGGUUACAUGUAUGGCCAGAAUUGCUUAUUCCUUGUCAAUGAUUGGCAUGCAAGCCUUGUUCCGGUCCUUCUAGGGGCAAAAUACCGUCCGCAUGGUGUUUAUAAAGAUGCAAGGAGCAUUCUUGUCAUACAUAACUUGGCACAUCAGGGGGUGGAAGCAGCAACCACAUAUCAGAACCUGGGAUUGCCUCCUGAGUGGUAUGGAGCUCUAGAGUGGGUGUUUCCCCCAUGGGCAAGGACACAUGCACUCGACAAGGGUGAGGCUGUCAAUAUUCUGAAGGGUGCAAUUGUGACAGCUGAUCGGAUAGUGACAGUUAGUCAGGGUUACUCUUGGGAGAUUACAACUGUUGAAGGUGGGCAUGGUCUCAAUGAGCUUCUUAGUAGUCGAAAGAGUGUACUGAAUGGAAUCACAAAUGGUAUUGAUGUUGAUGACUGGGACCCUGCUUCAGACAAAUAUAUCCCAUUUCAUUACUCAAUCGAUGAUCUCUCUGGAAAGGCUCCAUGCAAAGCAGCAUUACAGAAGGAAUUAGGACUUGCCAUUAGGCCUGACUGCCCACUGGUUGGAUUCAUUGGAAGAUUGGACUACCAAAAGGGCACUGAUCUAAUUAGGUUAGCCCUGCCUGAGCUUCUGCAAGACGACAUCCAGUUCAUUAUGCUUGGAUCAGGGGACCCAGAUACUGAAGAUUGGAUGAGAUCUGCAGAGUCUACCUACAGAGAAAAGUUCCGUGGAUGGGUUGGAUUUAAUGUCCCUAUUUCCCACCGGAUCACUGCAGGGUGCGACAUAUUCUUGAUGCCCUCCAGAUUCGAGCCAUGUGGUCUUAAUCAGUUGUAUGCAAUGAGAUAUGGAACCGUACCAGUCGUCCACUGCACUGGUGGCCUCAGAGAUACGGUGGAGAAUUUCCACCCAUUUGCUAAAGAAGAUAGUGGUCAGGGGACGGGGUGGACUUUUUUUCCAUUAUCAAAAGACAGUAUGUUGGGGGAAUUCACCUUUUGCACCACUGCAUCAGUCUGGAAUGGAUGGUAUCUACUUGUAGCGGCAGAUGAUGCACGCAUUUUUGUGGGAGAAAAUAGAUGAUACAUGCUUGAAUGGUAGGAUUAUAUAUGUUGUGGUGAUUACUGGCAGGCACUGAGGUUUGCAAUUCAGACUUUUAGAGAGCACAGGUCUUCAUGGGAGGGGCUGAUGAAGCGUGGAAUGUCGAGAGACUUCACAUGGGACAGUGCUGCUGCCCAGUAUGAGCAGAUCUUUGAAUGGGCUUUUAUGGACCCUCCUUAUGUUGGAUAAACAAGCUCCGUUUCUUCCUGCUGUCUAUACCGGUUAUGUUCGGUGGCUCCUCAUCAACCAACCUGUUUUAUUCAUUUAGUGUUUUUUAAUAUUUUCUAAUUCAAUAGUUAUGACCAGAAGGUGAUAUUAGAAGUUUAGGAAGGUUUCUUCUUAAAAGGGUCAUUCCUUAUUCUUAAUAACUUUGCACUGAUAAUUUAUUUUUCUAUUGGUUUAAGAGAUAAUCAUCUUCAGUUGGGACCUGCACAAAUUAACUUCAUAAUUUGAUCAAGGACAUGCUGCUGCAACGGUUCAGUAGGUUUCCAGUGGGGGCGUAUCCUGAUGAUCGAGUUAAAUAAUAUUUUAUUCUGAACGGUUUGUAGUGGAUUCGGAUGGAUUGCGUUGGUUUGAACUUCAAUAUUGAUCCAAUAUUGAUUUUAAGUUCAA